UCCCAGUCACGCCGCGCGGGGUGUCCGGCGGGCGCGCGGUUCUCGCGAGACGGUGGCGGCGGCGCUGGGGAGGGCGCACGUGCCGCGCGGUGUGUGGGAGCUGCCGCCGGAGGAGGAGGAGGAGCCGCCGCCUCCCCGCCGCCGCGGCCUGAGGGGCCUCCCGGGUAACGCCGCGCCGCUGCCGCCCCUCGGCUCCCCCGCCCCUUUCUGCGGGAACGGCACUCCGCCGCCCCGUCCCAGCGGCAGGCGGCCUGUCCCGGCGUCCCGCCAGUGGGCGUGCGGGCGGCCUCCUCCCGCGGCUACCAGCAUCUUUCCCCCAGCUCCCACACCCACGCUCUCCCUCUCCUCCCGUACUGCGGCUCUGCCUCCCCUCGCAGUCAUUCCCCUCGCCUCUUGUACCUCAGCAUCCUCCCCCCUCAGGUACCCGGCGCCCUCCUUUCCCUCAGCCCUGGCGCCCUCCCCACACUGCGAACCUGCUCCCCCUCAGGCUUGUGACAUGGCCACAGAUGUAGCUGAGCCUGUGGUCCCUGACUGCAGAGGAGACGUAAGGAGCGGUGCCAGGUCAGAUGCCGACUAUCCUCUUCGGGUUCUCUACUGCGGAGUCUGUUCAUUACCAACAGAGUACUGCGAAUACAUGCCUGAUGUGACUAAAUGCAGACAAUGGUUAGAAAAGAAUUUUCCAGAUGAGUUUGCAAAACUUACAGUAGAAAAUUCACCUAAACAGGAAGCUGGGGUUGGAGAAGGCCAAGGAACUGCGGGAGAAGAAGAAGAGAAGAAGAAGCAAAAGAGAGGUGGAAGAGGUCAGAUAAAACAAAAAAAGAAGACUGUACCACAGAAAGUUACAAUAGCUAAAAUUCCUAGAGCAAAGAAAAAAUAUGUCACAAGAGUAUGUGGCCUUGCAACGUUUGAAAUUGAUCUUAAGGAAGCACAAAGAUUUUUUGCUCAGAAAUUUUCCUGCGGUGCCUCAGUAACAGGAGAAGAUGAGAUCAUAAUUCAGGGCGAUUUUACAGAUGACAUUAUCGAUGUAAUCCAGGAGAAGUGGCCUGAGGUGGAUGAUGAUAGCAUUGAAGAUCUUGGAGAAGUCAAGAAGUGAUAGUGAAAGACUACCUUUAUUUAAUUAUAUGGUUAUAAAUGAUGUAGCCAAAGCGAGGCUUCUAAGUCCAUUUGCUCUGCAGUGAAACUGUGGAGAACCCGUAUCCUUGGCAUUUUCACUGUUCUGUAUAGGCUGCUUGUUUGUUUUUGUUUUUGUUUUUGGUUGGUUUUUUUUUUGUUGUGAUAUUUGCCAAAGUUAAAUUGGGGUUCUAUCAUGCUUAGGCAUGAAGUAGAUUUAAAUAAAAUUACUGUUCCUCACUGAA